AAAACUAUUCAAACUGCAGAUUGGCCUUGAGUGAGCAGGCCAUGAAUGACUUGGGAAUCCCCAUAAUAGGUUUGAAUCCCCCUACGAGCGGAAGCGGAGGAGAAGCAUGGACCAUCUUGGAUGGGAGCAUUGCCCAGAUUCAGGACAUACAAGAGAGCAUCCAACAGAUGAGAGACAUUUCAUCGGUGUCCACGAUGUUGCAGGUCCAUGGUGGCAUGAAGGGAACCCGAUUCUGUGCCUCUUGUCCAUCCUUGAGUGAGGGGAAAGACUCACCACAUCCUGUGGAGGAUCACUUUCAAAAUUACCUGGAGUCUGAGGCGAGCAUCCAGCGAAGGAGGAGUCACUCAGAGACAAGAGGAAAGCCACGAGAUGAACCCAGUCUCAGCAGCGUGGAGUCGGAGGAGGACGAGGAGGAGGGGGAAGAAGAGGGGACCCGGUCGCAGGACGUUCCUGAUGGGUGCAUUCCACCCCUCAAGGCUUUCAUUUCAUCUUCCUCUUCUCGAGCAGGAACUGAUUUGCAUAGAAGAGAGCUCCAUAAGUCACAUUCCACUCCUUCUAUUGUGAACGAAGAAGAGGAGCCCACAGAGGGCAGACGAGUGGGACAGCCAUCUCCACGCUUCACUAGUGGGACUGAGAGUGAGGACGAGCUUGAUGUCCAGCUAAGGAGUCAGCCUGUCGGUCGCAUUCCAGAGCAUGCCUAUCAGUUUUCUAGAGCUCCCAUCUACCGUGACGAAAUUGUUCCAGAUGGAUUUAUGGCGAUCGGAGUCCCGCAUCUGGAUGACAGCAAGAGGCGCAAACGGAGCAGCAUCUUUUUCAAGAAGAAAAAGGAGAAGAGUCGGCGAUUGUGCCACACCAUGGUACCCUUUUCUGGUGGCCGUCCUGGGAACUGUGAUAUGUGCAAACUGCCCCUUUUCACUCAGCGUUCUGUCUCAUGUCAGAAUUGCGGGGUGUAUCAACAUGAGGCUUGUGUGGAUCCCACUGCUGAAUGUCCUCGCAUGCGCCUUGUCAAGAUGACAGGAGGGAAAUCUUCAGGGAGGCUGAGCUCCCACAGUACAAGUAGUCUGAGUCUCCUGAGCCGGAAGAGCCCCACGUCCAUCUCUCCAACCGGGUCUCUCCACCGGGAUCAUCUCCAUUCUCCAAGUCUACAGCUCGCUGAUCUGCAGCUGGAGCUACCUGACAUUCAUGCAGACGAAGAAUUGAAGCCAGGUAUACACAGGUCACUAGAAAAUCUAGUAAAGUUCUGGGGUGAGCUGGUGCCUUCUGCCAUGUACCCACAGCUAAAGGAGUUGGCCAUCAUGGUUCUCUCACUAUUGUUGGGUCCACCUACAUAUGUGAAAGUGCAUUUUCAACUUCUGAAGAACCGGCGACUCAUGGAUGAUCGAGAAGCUGAUUUUCUGACUGAAGACAUUGGUGGUGCCUUGAAGAGUUACUUGGACUCAUUGACUGAUGGUGCUUUGGAAGCAGCCAUUGCAAACGAAGAUCCCACCUUGGGUCUCCUUGCAGAGGAACCUGAAGCAUGGUCUCGCACAGUUGACAAAAAGCUCAUCCUCAAAGGCCUGAGUGAUGGAGAGAUCAAGCGACAGGAGCACAUCUAUGAGUUCCUUAUCACCGAAAAGCAUCACUGUGAGACCCUGCAGCUUAUGCACAAGUUGUUUUCCCAUGGGAUGCAAGAAGGUCUGCGCUGUGGGUCUGAUAUCAUCCACCGCCUCUUCCCCUGCCUGGAGGAGCUCAUUGAAUGGCAUGCUGGGUUCCUGAGGCGACUCCGUGCCCGGCAGAAGGAAGCUCCCAUCGUCCCCACCAUUGGGGAUAUCCUGGUGGAGCGUUUCUCCUCUCCAUUUGGGAAGCAGCUCCAGACGUUUUAUGGGAAUUUCUGCAGUCAGCACCAAGAUGCUGUCUCAAUAUACAAGCAGAUUCUCAAGAGCGAUAGGAGGUUUGGACUGCUGGUGAAGAGAUGGAGUGAGCAUCCCCUGUGCAAGAAGAAGGGAAUCCCCGAGUGCAUCCUGUUUGUGACGCAGAGAAUCACCAAGUAUCCCCUGCUUAUUGAGCCACUGAUCAAGACGUCCAAGUUUGCCCCUUCCAGUGUUCCACAGGAGCAGGACUCUCUCUACCGUUCCCUGGCCAUGGUCAAGGAUAUUCUGGUGCGAGUAAAUGGACAGGUUGCAGAACGCGAACGGGCCUCUCGUCUUCGUGAAAUCUACGACCACAUUGACUCGAAGUCCUUCACAUUCUACAAUGGCCAUAAGUUCAGAAAGUCUGAACUCUAUGCAAGAAAUCGCAAGCUCAAGUUCGAAGGAAUUGGAACGUUGGUGCCACGAAGCGGAAAGGUGACUGACAUCACCGUGAUUGUUCUCUCGGAUGUUCUCAUCUUCCUUCAAGAGGCCAGCAAUGGGAAACUCCAUUUUUACUCCCAGGACAACCGGAGAGGAGUGAUGACUUUGCAUAAGAUGCUGGUGAGAGAGAAAGCCGGUCAAGACAAUUCCCUGUAUCUCAUUGCCUCAAACCCUCCCGAAGUGCCUGAGAUGGUGGAGAUCAUUUGCCAGACUCCCAAAGACAGAAAGCUCUGGAUCAAUUCCAUUCGGGAAACAAUUGAGGAAUAUGGUGGAGACGAAGAUGAUGGGCGGAUGGAAAGCGGAGAAGAGGAAGAGGAGGAGGAAGCCCUUCAUCGGAGGCAUGACAUGCUCUUUGGUAUGGCACGCGAAUGUGACUAUGAGCUGGCCCAUCUUCUGGAAGAGAAGAUGGCUCUCCUGUAUGAAGCAUUUGACAUCCACGAGAGUCCUGGUGAUUAUGUGGCUCUCAUGAACUCCCUUUCCUCAACCGAUGUGGAUCCUGCUGCUCUCCGCCACCUGCUCUUCUCCACUGUCCACGAAUGCGUGGAGAUCCUGAAAGGACUUCGAGAUACAGGAUCACUGAGCAGCCUCAACCGGAGUGCAAGUUCAGUGGGAGAGAGGAAAAGCUCUCUUUAUGUGACUCCUGUCCUGCCAAAACGUGCAGAAACCUUUGGAGAGAUUAAGAAGCGUGUAGAUAGUGCAGGUCUUCUUUAUGGUAUCAAGGAAGGGGAUGGAGGAGAUGGGAACAGCAAGGCCUUGAAACUUGUUGGGAAGCUGUCUACCCUUCGUUGUCUCAUGGAAGCCCAAGUCACCUCCAUUGAAUGCCUGAGGACCGAAUUGAUGGGUGCAUGCACCCGCCUGUCGAAGGUCCAUUCUGACUUUGGAAAGGGCAACAAGAGCCUGUUUCAACACAGUCAGAGAUUGGAAGAGCUGCGCAACCUCCAGGAUCGCCUUGGUCGGGAGCGGAAGGAGUGGGAAGCCGAGAAGAAAGCCAAAGAGCAGGAGAUUGAAGAGAAGGAAAAGCAGCUUCAGGCCCUUCAGGAAGAACUGAAGAAGGAGCAAGAAGAUGUCAUAAACCAGAGGGAACUCCUCUUUCGAAGGGUUGAAGCAUUGAAGGCACAAGGCAUUGUGCUUUCAUCCAAUUUCCAGAUCGUCCCAUCGCCAAUCAGUGGAGUUGUGCCCCAUUUAGAUGGUCACGACUCGGGUCCUGUGUCCAGCCCGGUGUCUCCCAGUAUAAAGAAGAAAUUCAGCAAUCCAGGCAUAAGUGGGAGUGUUAGCACUUCUUCGCUCCCUCAGCAUCUCAUCAGUGCUACUAACCAAAAGAAGGUUGCAGAAUCCACCAUCAAGCAGCAGCUGCCUUUGAAGCUCUCCAGCACGUUUGGAUCGUCGACUCCUGGCUCGAGUCCGAGUCAGACUCAGAGUAUGACCAGUUUGAAUCCAAGUGCUCCUGGAGUGCAACAGAUGCUUCCCUUCAAGCUGAGAGAAGACCCUCGAGCACCUGCCAAUGUGGGUAGGAACGCGUUUGCAUAUCAGCGGAUGAACAACCCGGUUCACAUGCGGUCGGGGAGCACCCCUGCAUCCGAGAUGGGUACUCCUCCUCCCCCUGCUGGGAGAGGUACGAACAUUCAGCGCAGCGGUUCCAGCCCAAGUCCAAGUCAGAGUCAAAGCUCGGUGCAGCAACUGCAACAGCGUUCCCAGUCUCAUCAAGACAAGGUCACUGAUCCAGACACCAAUCAAGAAAUUUACUUCUUCUAAAGUUGAUGCCUAUGCACCAUUCUUCAAGAUCCAGGAGCUCUUUUUGGGUCCAUCACCUCAGUGAUUGAAAAGACUUUUUUCUGCCCAUCCUCUCAUUGUCAAUGUGAUUCCCUAUAUCAAUUACAGUGACCUCUUGUUCAUCUGGACCUUAGGCCUCUGGAUACAGGCUGAAGCAAGUGACCUCUGUUCUCUGGUUCUAAAGGAAAAAUCUUUGCAGAAUUUAUUUUGCAAUAUGCAUGAAUGGUUUUGCUUCAUUUUUUACUUUUACCUGUCACCAUUAAAUAGUAGUGAAGGAAGUAAAUGGAGUGAGAAAGACAAAACGGGCCAAUCUAAAUACCAAAGGUUAUGUCUUAUGCAGACAUAGGAUAGGAGAGAGCAUGUAGAGAUGGCAAUAAAGUUUAAUUUUCUUGAAAAAAAAUACCAGAAUUUGGGAGAAGGCCCAUACCUCCCUAGAGCAUGCUUCGUUUACAAGAGAAGGAGGAGAGGGGUGAAGGUAUUCUUUUCUAUAUCUUGGGGUCCUCUUGCCAUCUCAAUCUUGCAUUCUGUUUACUUUCCUUAGUAUAGAAAUAUUUUCACCAGAGGUCCAGACCAACCAGAGGUCACUGUGUUGUGCCGUCCUCCGAGUCGACAAUUGUGUGAGAUCGCUUUAAGACAUGAAGUGUCCUCUAUCUAUUGAGUGCAUGCUGGCCUUUAAAUCCUGUGAUACUCUGUGAAGCUCAAUCCACGAUCACGUCUUUCCUCGUCCCCCGUCAGUUUUUGCCGCAUCUCUUCCGUCCGUGUCUUGCCUCCCUCCGAUCCUGCUGCCUUUAGAUAUUAACGAAUGAUCUUGUCAAAGAUUUUUUCAGCCCGAGACGAUCGAUACGAUGUGUCUUCCAUCGUCUUCCAAAAUGAGAGGAGUGACGACUCUUCUUGACCUUUUUAAGUGACCACUCGGGACAAACGGUGAGACGAAGCGUCCCGAACCCGCCGUAUCGAAGUGCCAGAGAGAGGGGGGACUGCAUGUCCAGUGAUUCCCCCCUUUCGUCAUCUGUACUUUUUAUCCCAUUCCUGACCCAAUCAUGCAUGAUUGUUUCGAUUAUCAUUAUUCUUAUUAUUGUGGGGUGUGGCUGUUCCUCCUUGAGAUUUUUAUUCUCGAUCAAAGUGAUGAAAAGGGUGAAUUCCAUA